CACACGCACGCAGGGAUGAUGGAGCGCAUCCACACGGUGGGAAUAUGGAUGGCGGAGAGUCUCCAGCGGGAAACGGGAAGCUUGGAGGGCCUGUGGUUGUUCGCCACCCACGCCGGGAACCCCAAGGCGGCCUUCCUGCUGCUCUUCCCCCUCGCCGACUUCUUCAGCCGGCGAGCCGGCGUGGCGGUGCUGUGGGUCGGCGCCCUGGCGGACUGGCUCAACCUGACGCUCAAAUGGGUGAUGUUCGGAGAAAGGCCGUAUUGGUGGAUCGGCGAGUCCCGAGUCUUCCUGGCCGAGCAGCCCCAAGUCCAGCAGUUCUCGGCCACCUGUGAAAAUGGCGCCGGAAGUCCCUCGGGGCACGCCAUGGCGACGGCGGCAGUGGGGUGGGUGGUGGCGUCCUCGCUGGCCUCCUUCCUGUCCCGCCGUACCCGCAGCUGGCCUCUGACCCGGGCUCCUUACCUGCUCUAUGCCGCCUUCCUGCUCGCCGUCUGCCUUUCCAGAGUCUUCCUUCUGGCCCACUUCCCGCACCAGGUGCUCUCUGGGGCCCUCGUAGGUCUUUUGGUGGGGAGCCUUCUGAACCGCAGGGUGCCAGAAGGCCGACGCCUCUUUUUCUUCGUCAGCCUCAGCGCCGCUUUGAUGGGCGGCGCCCUGAUGCUGUACGCCGGUCUGCAGCAGAUGGGGGUCGACCUCUCCUGGUCUUUAAGUUUGGCUCACAAGUGGUGCCAGCGUGCCGACUGGGUCCGCCCCGACAUGUCCUCCUUCACGUCUCUGACCCGGGACUGCGGGACCCUCCUGGGCCUGGGCCUGGCCGAGUACUGGAAGCCCGGCGGCUGGUCUCUGCCCCGGACCUGGCGGGCCUUGUCCCUGGCCCUGUCCUCCGCCGGCUUGUACCUGGUCCACCGCCUGCCCACACCCGUGCGACCGCCGGCGCUCUUCUACUCGCUGGUCUUCGUCAAGUUCGCCCUGGUUCCUCAGAUAGUGAUGGCGCUGGUGCCGGGUCUGGUGCACCUUGUGACGCUGGUGCCGGGUCUGGUGCACCUUGUGAUGCGCCGGAAGAGAGACUAGUC